CUGAGCUGCUGCGCGGGGAUCCCGCCGCUCCGUCUCGCUCCCCGGCCGAGCCGUGUUGAUUGUCCCUCGCGGCGCCCGGAAGCGACCCUCCGUAAACAAAGCCGUAUGUGGGCGCAGCUCCAGCUGCCCGGGGCGCGCUGUCCAGCCCGAGGGGGGCGGGGGAGGAAUGUUGUGAAUGAACCCAAGGCCCGCCCCGAAACUCGCACAAGGCCAGCGCCGCGGAAGUCCUCCCACUCUGAUUGGCCUCCGGCGCUCCCUGAUUGACAGUGCCUCUCGCUGAGCAUUCUUACUGGGCCUCUCCGUCAAGACAGGCGGCGCAAAGAACGAAUCAACAGCGGGGACUUGGAGUUGGGUCUGGCCGGGCAGCCAAUAGCAGAGGAGGGUCUCAGAGGCCGACGGGGGGGCCAAUUGGGAAGGGCGGCGGGGGCGGGACGAGGCGGAGGAUAAAGCGGCGGCCGAAGCUGCUUCAUUGUUGUGAAGAGUCUUAAAGGGGCCGCAUCGGCCGGCCGGCCCGGCGCGCUGCGGGGGUGGGAGUAGCGGGGGUCCGGGUGCGGCCCUGCGCGGAGGAAGGUCUGGAAGGCGGAUAGGAGUCGCGGGAGCCGGCGAAGCGGAGCGGGCAUCUGACCGACCCCCCUCCACAGGCCCGGCCCCGGCCCCGGCCGAUGGACCCCCCCGCGGCCAAGCGGAGUCGGAGCUGCCCCGCGGGACCGAAGGAGCGCGAUGCCGGGGCCGGGGCCGUGCGCGGCCGGGGCCGGCCCGAGGCGCUGCUGGACCUCAGCGCCAAGCGAGUAGCCGAGAGCUGGGCCUUCGAGCAGGUCGAGGAGCGUUUCUCCCGGGUGCCGGAGCCGGUCCAGAAGCGCAUUGUGUUCUGGUCGUUUCCACGCAGCGAACGGGAGAUAUGCAUGUACUCCUCGCUGGGCUACCAGCCUCCGGAGGGCGAGCACGACACGCGGGUGCCCUUCACCCGAGGGCUGCACCUGCUGCAGAGCGGGGCCGUGGACCGCGUGCUCCAAGUGGGGUUCCACCUGAGCGGUAACAUCCGGGAGGCCGGAGGCCCCGGCGAGCCCGAGCACCUCUACCACGUGUCCAUCAGCUUUGACCGCUGCAAGAUCACGUCCGUGAGCUGCGGCUGUGACAAUCGCGACCUGUUCUACUGUGCCCACGUGGUGGCCCUGUCUCUGUACCGCAUCCGGCACGCCCACCAGGUGGAGCUGCGGCUCCCCAUCUCCGAGACGCUGUCCCAGAUGAACCGGGACCAGCUGCAGAAGUUCGUGCAGUACCUCAUCAGCGCCCACCACACCGAGGUGCUGCCCACCGCCCAGCGCCUGGCCGACGAGAUCCUCCUCCUGGGCUCCGAGAUCAACCUGGUGCACGGUGCCCCUGACCCCACGGCGGGUGCAAGCAUUGAGGAUGCCAACUGCUGGCAUCUGGAUGAGGAGCAGAUCCAGGAGCAGGUGAAGCAGCUGCUAUCCAACGGUGGCUACUACGGCGCCAGCCAGCAGCUGCGCUCCAUGUUCUGCAAGAUUCGAGAAAUGCUGCGGAUGCGGGACUCCAACGGGGCGCGCAUGCUGAUCCUCAUGACGGAGCAGUUUCUGCAGGACCCGCGCCUGGCCCUGUGGCGGCAGCAGGGCGCCGGCAUGACGGACAAGUGCCGGCAGCUGUGGGACGAGCUGGGGGCCCUGUGGGUGUGUGUGGUCCUGAGCCCCCACAGUAAACCGGAAGAGCGAGCGAGCUGGCUCCAGCUGCUGGGCAAGUGGGACAAGUUGGACGUGUGCCCGCUGGAAGAGGGCAACUUCUCUUUCAACGGUCCGAGCCUACAACCCGCCACGGCCCUCAACCCAGGCCCGGAGGAGGAGGAGGCGGCGGCGGCAGGUUCCCGGCACACCGUGUUUGGCCGAGCCCUGCAGGCUGGGUCCCUGCACUGGAGUGACCCCCAUCUUCAGAGGAUCCUGGCCAGUGACUGCUAUGGCCCCAGCCUCACAGGCCAUGGGGGCAGCGACAAGGCAACCUUUGACCCCCAGGGCCGCGCCCUCUGGCUGGGGGAGCCGUUCCCCACUGCUUGUGCCCGGGUGGACACCCUGCGUGCCCACGGGUACCCCCGCCAGGCCCUGCGGCUCGCGGGAGCCAUCGUCAACACCCUCCGGCUACAGCGGCGGCACCAGCUCGAGAGCUACAAGCAGCAGAAAAAAGAGCUGCUACAGAAAGGCUCCACCUGCAUCACCAACACGGAAGGAUGGGUGGGGCACCCCCUGGACCCCGUCGGCUGCCUCUGCAGGGCGCUCCUGGAGGCCUGUCGCCUGGAGGAAGAGACCCUUGCCCUUUACCCAGACUCGGGCCCCGAGAGGCGGAAGGUGGCCUACCAGCACGUGCCUGUGCCCGGGAGCCCCGGGGAGUCCUACCUGGCGCUGGCGCUGGAGGUGGCGCUGCUGGGCCUGGGGCAGCAGCGGGCCCUGCCCGAGGGGCUGUACGCCCAGGACAAGGUGGUGCGCAACGAGGAGCAGCUGCUGGCGCUGCUGGAGGAGGUGGAGCUGGACGAGAGGCUGGUGCAGGUGCUGCGCAAGCAGGCGGGGCUGCUGCUGGACGGGGGUCCCUUCAGCGGCUUCGGAGAGGUGCUGUUCCGGGAGAGUGUGCCCAUGCACACCUGUGCCCGCUACCUGUUCACCGCCCUGCUGCCCCACGACCCCGACCUGGCCUACCGCCUGGCGCUGCGAGCCAUGAGGCUGCCUGUCCUGGAGACAGCACUUCCGGCUGGAGAUCCUCACCCCAACCCACUGGACUCCGUCACGAGUAACCGCUUCCCACGCUGGUUCAUCCUGGGCCACCUGGAGACUCGCCAGUGCGAGCUGGCCUCCACCAUGCUGACGGCUGCCAAGGGAGACCCCAAAUGGCUGCACACAGUAUUGGGCUCCAUCCAGCAGAAUAUCCACUCUCCAGCCUUGCUCUUCAAGCUGGCACAGGACGCCUGCAAGACAGCCACCCCGGCCAGCACACCACCAGACAUCACCCUGCUGGGCAUUGCGCUGGAGCUGGGCCUGCAGGUGAUGCGGAUGACCCUGAGCACCAUGACCUGGCGGCGGCGGGAGAUGGUGCGCUGGCUGGUCAGCUGUGCCACGGAGAUCGGUCCGCGGGCGCUGAUGGACAUCAUGCAGAACUGGCACUCCCUGUUCACGCCGGUGGAGGCGGCCAUGGUGGCGGUGACGGGCACCACGCCCGCCACGCUGCUGCGGCUGCGGCUGGACGCGCCCCGGCGGGAGGCGCUGCGGGCCUGCGCCCGCGCCCUGGCCCUGCAGUGCGCCAUGAAGGACCCGCAGAACUGCGCCCUGCCCGCGCUCCCGCUGUGCGAGAAGAACCACGCGGCCUUCGAGGCGGCCUACCAGAUCGUGCUGGACGCCGCGGCCGGCGGCCUGGGCCACGCCCUCUUCACCGUGGCCCGCUACAUGGAGCACCGCGGGCUGCCGCUGCAGGCCUACAAGCUGGCCACGCUGGCCCUGGCGCAGCUCAGCAUCGCCUUCAACCAGGACAGCCACCCCGCCGUCAACGACGUGCUCUGGGCCUGCUCGCUCAGCCACUCCCUGGGCCGGCACGAGCUCUCCGCCAUCGUCCCGCUCAUCAUCCGCCGCAUCCACUGCGCCCCCAUGCUCUCCGACAUCCUCCGCCGCUGGACCCUCUCGGCGCCCGGCCUGGGGCUGGGGGCUCGCCGGGCAGCCAAGCUGGGCACGGACAGGGCGCCCCUCUGCCAGCUGCUGGAUGCCGCGGUGGCCGACAUCAACACCAGCCACUCACGCCUCACGCACAUCAGCCCGCGGCACUACGGCGACUUCAUCGAGUUCCGGGGCAAGGCCCGGGAGACCUUCCUGCUGGCCCCCGACGGGCACCUCCAGUUCACCCAGUUCUUGGAGAACCUCAAACAGACGUACAAGGGCAAGAAGAAGCUCAUGCUGCUGGUGCGGGAGCGAUUCGGCUGAGGGGCAGGCGUCUGGUGGGCACAGGGUCUCCCUGGGCGCCUGCUUCUGUGCCACCCGCUCUGCGUCGGGCAACUGGGCC